AUGUAUGUUUCAUCUCGCGACGGGGGUACCCGUGCGUUUCGUCAGCUCAAGGCCAGAGAGUUUCACGAGAUGCAAUGGAAUGAGAAUACGAUUCAUAAGGGCAGACUGGUCGGUGAAAAGUCAAUUGACCUCGGCGAACUACCCAAAAGGAGAGCCACGGAAAAGCAUCAGGCACAGACUGAGCGUGGUCAUCACCGUCGAUCACUAAGCUCCAAGAUCAUCAGUUCGGAAAAGAUAACCCAAAUCAUACAUAUGUUCCGCGUGAUAGACAAAGGAAGCGGAAAGAGUGAGAAUCAAGAGCCUGCGCUGGUCCAAGAUAAUCAUUCCAUCAUUAUGGCCCAUGAAGCAUUCAAACAGCAGUUCGAUGCUCAGGUCAGGGACUGCGAAAUACCCAACGCCAACUUUGCAAGGAAGUUUGGGUUGUUCACCAACGACAGGUCGCUUCCACCUUUCAUAAGAGAGCUGCCAGUCGCCGAAGAUAAAGCAAUGGAUAUGGUAACUGCCUCGUCAACAAAAGAGGUGUUAAACUCCUUGAGGUUCCACGGCCCUUUCACACCUCAGCUUUGUUCGAUUGAUAUUCCCGACGGUGUUGUAUGCUACUGGGAUCCGAAGAUUCUGGACUCGAUGCAACAAGACAGUUCGAUUAGAGGGCGCUACUCUGACCCUUCAGCAUCUGUAUUGACGCCUUUGAGAGGAGACUUCCUGGAUAUCUCGCCAGAAUUCGAGUCGCGAGCGCGUUCGCUAUCUCCGCGCAAGCGUCUUGUCAAGCAACCCCUUCAUAUUCGCAUGAACUUGACUGAGAGCCAAGUUGACAAGAUUACGGACGCUUUCAGUCAUCAAGUCGAUAAGAGCCCAACCAAGGCCGCUAAGUUCAAGAAAAAGUCUACGAUGACCACUCCAAGAACCACUCCAAGGUCAACUCCAAGGUCAACACCACGAAAGAACAAACCAAGACUUCUACAGCAUGAGGAAUCAUACGGUUGGACUACUAGAGAAGAUGGUCCCUCUGAUGUGAGUUCUCCAACCUUUUCGGAGCUUAUGCCCGGUCGCCAUUCGGGUUCUUCCAAGGACUUGUUCUCUGCCAGUUUAGCAGAACGUCGACAUAUCAACCCGCCUUCUCCGUUGCAGCUUGGGAAUCUCCGUCGUAGUGGGGCAGUUCCUCGGCCAGCCGAGAUGGAAGAUAUUCCCGAUUCAGUCUCUCCUUUGGGGCAGGGGAGCUUUGAGCGCGAGCCGAUCUUCGACGAUGAUACCUCUUCGGUCUACUCCCCUCAACAAACUGCCCGCCCAUCACCUCUUCGCCUCAGCCACGCCAGGUCACAAUCCAGAUUCAAUGGUGCUGGAGAGGGCUCCUUUCAAGAGUGGAAAAGGACCCAUGAUUCUUCCAUGAUCAGGGAGUCGGUAAGCCAUCCAGAGGAUCUAGUCAAUAGGCCUCGACGCUCGAAGAGCUCUGCCGAUGGACUGAGACAGGCUCGAGCCAUGGCAGUGCACUCUCCACCGAUCCCACAAGUCGUAACAGUGGGCUCUAAUAACGGCAACUAUCGUCGGGCUGUCCAAGACACUCCCGUAUUCUCACCACUGCAAUUCUAUUUCAGAGGGACAGACUACCCAAGCUCCAAGAAGGGCGAAAAAAUAAUGAUUGGGGAUAACGGGUGGCUCGAACGCCCUGACGGCGGCCCUGAUCAAAGCGCAAAGACGCCCCAGAAGAAGACCGGAAUUUUGGACAACAUCAAGAAACUCGCAAAAGACAUGACGGAGCUUCAUUAUACCUCUCGUCGGGCGCAGCCCGCAAUCCGGUCUCGCCGGACAUCACAGGUCGCCAUUUCACUAAAUGCCAGAGAGCAAAGCCUUCUCUACUGCGAACUGGAGUUCAACCUGAGCACUGCAUUUAAUGACUAUAUUACGGUGCAACUGGACAAGGGUCGGCUUGUGCCUGACAAGCUCAAGAAGGUAGCAGAUGCGUGGCAUAACAAAGGCCGACCAAAGGUUGUUGGUUUCCGCUACGACCUGGAGACGCAGCUUGAACUUAUCAACUUGCACGUCGACGAUUUUCGCUUCUAUGGCCGCCGACAAGCCGAUCCUGUUGAGAUUGGCGGACUCCUGCACGCCAUGAAGGUCAAUGCCCGAGCAAUGUGCGUCCGAACACUUUGCCAGCCAGAUUCUGUAAUUGCGAAGCAGUUGGUCGACACCCAGUCAACCUUCAAAAUGCUUGAUGUCCCUGACUAUCAGCAGCGCGCGCUUGCUGAUAUAGCUCAGUUCUUCAAGGUGAUCGUGGAGCGAGAGCAGGAUGUCCGAGAACACACUGGAGGCAAUGGCAGGGACUCCAGCAACCGGGGCGAGCGACGGUGGACAGCGGUUCAGGAAGGAAUAUGA